AUGUCUGGCACAUCUUUCACUUCCAUUCCUAUUCUGGAUUUCGCGCAAACAUUGUCCCCGUCCACCAAGCCUGCCUUUUUGGGAAGCCUUCGUGAGGCUCUGGUAAAUGUCGGCUUCUUCUAUCUUCGAAAUGCACCCGUGCCAGCUCAAAUGCAAGAAGAUUUUACUAAGAUAGCCCUUGAUCUUUUUGAUUUGCCGCUCGAGAAAAAGCUGGAGAUUGAAAUGGUAAACAGUCCACACUUCUUGGGCUACUCUAGGCUUGGAGCAGAAAUCACGGCGUUAAAGCCUGACUAUCGCGAACAAUUUGAUUUCGCAACCGAACUCCCCGCGCCUGGUCCAAGUGAGCCAUUAUAUAAAAGCAUUGUUGGACCAAACCAGUGGCCCGAUGAGACUGCGAUCCCUGGAUUUCGACAAGCACUCGAGACCUACUUGUCUGAAGUGAGCAGACUGGCAGAGUUAUUUCCGACGCUCAUUGCCGAAGCACUGGACCUCCCGCCAACUGCAUUGAACCAAGUUUUUGACAAUCCGCAGCAACAUAAGCUAAAAUUGAUCAAAUAUCCUCCGCCACCUGCGUCCAGUCCUGAGGAAUCUAGCUUUCAAGGAGUUGGCCCCCAUAAAGAUUCGGGAUUUCUCACUUUCCUGUUACAGGGAACAGCUCAUCACGGCCUCGAAGUACAAAACAAGACUGGAACAUGGAUUCCUGCUCCCCCAGUGCCAGGAACAUUGGUGAUCAAUAUUGGACGCUCCCUGGAGGCAUUAACCGGAGGGAUCUGCACGGCUACUACUCACCGCGUCAGUUUACGGCGGGAGAAUUUUCAAGAUAGUGAAGGUGGCUCUUUAGGGCCGAGGUUCUCCUUUCCGGUCUUCCAGGGUGUGAGUCUUGAUCUUUCCGACAAGGUUUCCCUGGAAAUCCCAGAGCAUAUUCGCGCGCUUGUCAAGGAUGACAAGGUCAAGUCAGAUGCAGAGGCAACAUUCAACGAGAUGUUCCGUGGGAGCAUUGGUGAGGGCACACUCAUAGCGCGAGUCACUAGUCAUCAAGAUGUUGGGCAGCGAUGGUAUCCAGAGGUAUUAGCCAAAGCAUUGAAGGGGCAGAAAGAAUUUCGAGAAUAG